UUUUCACUGUCAUGAGAUAGAAAUAUAUCACAACACAGCAUCGCCUGAUCAUGGCUUUAGAAGUGCGCUCCUAAAUACACGUGUUGUCAUCAGUUCAAACAACGACAAUGUUUAGCAGUAUAUGGAACUUCAUCAAAAGACACCGGCGGAAAUUUGUUUUCACGGGAUUUAUAUUUGGAGGUGGCUGGCUUGUGUACAAGUAUUUACAAAAACGGUUACGUGAGUUCCGAGAUGGCGAAGAUAAAGAGUAUAUGGCAUUUGCACGACGACAACACCACUUUGAUAGCAACCAAAGAACAUGUAAUAUGACAGUGUUAUCAAUGGUGCCAAAUGUUCAGGAGACGGUAGUGAAAGUUUUCAAUACUGAGAAAAAUACUGCUGCUCUGAAAUCAAAUCCUUCGAAUAAAUUUGAGCUGUGGGAAGAAUUGAAGAUUAUGAGUUUAGCCCGGUCAGUUCUAUCUGUGUAUGGAUGUUGUAUAAUGAGUCUACUACUACGUGUUAAACUAAAUGUGAUUGGUGGAUAUAUAUACCUCGACAGUGCAAAGAUCAAGGACACAACAUUGACUGAGGAUUCUGGCAGCCAGGUUCCCCAGCCGGUACAGGAGAAAUACCUCUCCCUCAUCAAACACUUCAUCAGUGAAGGUUUACCUGAUUUAGCAACAAUAGUAGAGCAAGCCGUGGCGAGAGAGUUUAGUAGUGUAUCGUUAAAGGAACGGAUGUCGUGUUCCAACCUGCAGUCACUCGUGACACACAUACGAGAGCGUGUGGAGUGUGGCAACGUGGGACUUGCUUCAACCAUCCCAACCAUGCCGCUGUCACAGUACAUGCUGCCUGCAGAACAAGUGCCUGAUUUUGUGCUAGUCAGCCAAGAGGAUAUUGUGUAUGAAAAGCUUGUCACGGAAACUAGGGAUGUGUUAGAGAGUACAGACUUCCACACUGUUCCAACGUGUCUGGAUCGUGGGUUCGCUCGACUACUGGAUGGAGUAGCUGAACACUAUAAACAUCAAAUGACUUCAGAAAGCAGUCUCCAUGAGGUCAUCAUUCCUGUAGCUAAGCUUAUCCCAGUCAUCAGCAGUCUGGUCUUCCGAAUCUGUAGCGACGCUCCCAACCCAUUUAUACAGGAGCAGCUGCUACUUGAUGAGGUGAAGGCGUUUUCCGUCAUAGCGCAUAAUGCGACGUUCAGCCAGGACAGCGCCGCUCCAACAUGAUCAGCCGGCGAUGUAGCAGCAUCAUUCCAGGAACACAGUGCCACAGAAUCCCAGUAUUCCUUGACCAACUCUGCUGUCAUAUUGCUUCCAGUCACAUCUGUGUAACUUAAAGAAAUGUUACUGGAGUAUUAAUAGUCUGUUAAGAGUCAAACACUGUUGCUGUUGAAGGGACCUCUGUCAAUAUGAGUUAUCCAACGCUCGACAGCCGCGAAAUGCUGAAUAAGGAAGUAAUAUGCUGGGACCAACCGUUUACCUCAAGACAAUCAAAGUUCCACUCCUCAAAGAUUGCCACAACAGUGUUCGACUCUGUUUGUACGGAGGAUGAACACAUGAUCACACUU